AGCUUAAUUGGGAGCAGACACAGAGCUUCCAUGCCGUCUUCGUUUCAAUUGGUUCACUCCACCACAUCAUUGAAGAAUUCAAUUUUUCUCCGCCGCAGCAGAGUCCUAGCUUUUCCUCUCGACCUGUCGCCUUUCUCCACCUCCUCCGCCAUUUUUUCUUCCGAUAUACUACACGCGCGUAAAAAGUCGAGGCAACCCGCUGCCGGCGUGAAAGUGUGUAGAGACGAAAUUGUGAAGGGUAAUCUGACGAACAAUGUUCCUGAUUCCAUUUUCUCAAAGCUUGGAUUCCAUAGAAGGAAUAAUGCAAUGUUCAGUUGUUUUGACACCAACUACGCCAAAAAAUUUGCAAAGUUCGAUAAUUUAUGCCCUGUAGUCUCUGUGAAAGCGUACCAGGUGGAAAUAGUCGGAAUGCCUGUCGGAAAGUUGUCUACAUGUAAGCUCUUACGUCGAUUCCUAACCCAUCGCUUAUUCUCUGUGGCUAGCUCCUUGAAUGAACCAAUUGCUGACUCAAUAUUCAGCGACACACACAAGUCUGGGUCCUACACGCGGGGUGACUCCACCUUUUACUCCCUUAUUCAACACCAUGCCCAGUCUGGUGAUUUCAAGGCCUUGGAGCUUAUCUUUCAACGGAUGAAGCGCGAAAACAGAGCCUUUUCUGAGAAAAUUUUCAUCCUAGUCUUCAAGGCUCAUGGCAAAGCACGUCUCCAUCGUAAAGCUGUUGAAUUGUUCAAUAGCAUGGAGGAUAAAUACAACUGCUUGCCAACUGUUAAGUCCUUUAACUCUCUUCUUAAUGUCAUUAUUCAGCAGGGAUUGUAUCGUGAUGCUCUGGACUUGUAUCACUAUGUUCUUAACAAUAAAAAGCAUAUUUCUCCCAAUGGUUUAACGUUUAAUUUAGUCAUCAAGUCGCUGUGUCGAUUGGGAUUAGUUGGUAGGGCUGUAGAUAUGUUUAGGGAGAUGCCUGCUUUCCAUUGUAAGCCUGAUACAUAUACUUACUGCACUCUCAUGGAUGGUUUGUGUAAAGAGGAUAGGAUUGAUGAUGCUGUGGCUUUGUUGGAUGAGAUGCAAAUAGAAGGGUGUGACCCAACUCCACCUACAUUCAAUGUGUUAAUCAAUGGGCUUUGCAAGAAGGGGGAUUUGGCCCGGGCCGCUAAGCUAGUUGAUAAUAUGUUCCUCAAAGGCUGUGUUCCGAAUGAAGUUACUUACAACACGCUCAUACAUGGGCUGUGUCUCAAAGGAAAGCUAGACAAGGCAGUCAGUCUUUUGAGCAGAAUGUUGUCAAAUAAGCUCAAGCCAAACGACAUCACUUAUGGAACCAUAAUAAAUGGACUAGUAAAGAAGGGACCAGUUACUGAUGCUUUAAACAUGUUACGGGGAAUGGAGGAAAGAGGCUAUGCAGCAAAUGAGUAUGCUUAUUCUGCCAUUAUUAGUGGGUUGUUCAGAGAGGGGAAAUCAGAUGAGGCACUAAAACUGUGGGCCAAGAUGUUAGAGAAGGGAUGCAAACCAAAUACAGUUGUGUAUAGUGUUGUUAUUGAUGGUCUGUGCCAAGACGGAAAGCCCCAUGAAGCUGAAGAGUAUUUUUCCCAAAUGAUUGAUGCGGGUUGCUUGCCAAAUGCACAUACAUACAGCUCCCUGAUGAAUGGCUUCUUUCAGGCCGGAGACUGUGAUAAGGCAGUUCUUCUAUGGAAAGAUAUGGUUGAGAAGGAUUACGAGGAUAAUGAGGUUUGUUACAGUGUGCUUAUUCAUGGUUUCUGCAAGAAUGGGAAGUUGGAAAAUGCCCUGGUGAUAUGGAAGCAGGUGCUGGCUAAAGGACUUACACCCGAUGUUGUGGCUUAUAGUUCCAUGAUUCAUGGUCUAUGCAAUGUUGGCUUAGUAGAACAGGGUUUGAGCUUAUUUAAUGAGAUGCUAUACAAAGCAUCUGACUCCAAACCUGAUGUAAUCACCUACAAUAUAAUCAUCAAUGCCUUGUGCAAACAGGGCAGCAUUCCCCAUGCCAUGGAUAUACUGAAUCGCAUGUUAAGUGAAGGCUGUGAUCCUGAUUCAGUUACCUGCAAAUUUUUCCUGACAGCUUUUAGGGAAAAGCUUGAUCCACCUCUAGAUGGUGGAGAGUUCCUAGAUGAGCUUGUUCUAAGGCUACAAAAAUGUGACAGAAUAAUUGGAGCUUCUAAUAUUAUACAAGUGAUGCUUCAAAAUUUUCUUCAGCCAAAGGCCUCCACUUGGGACAAGGUAAUUCGAGGGAUCUGUAAACCAAAGAGAACUGAAGCAGCCAUUAACAAAUGUUGGGGUGACUUAUUCUUUUGAUUCUGCCAAACCAACUUUUGGCGGUUUAUUUAUGAACCAUGAUCCUCAAGGUUAUUUAUAAUUUAUUAAGGUCAGUGAAGCGACCACGGCGUAGGCAGGUUGGGAAGACCUAUCUGCAUUGAGAGAUUGGGGAAGCUCGACAUGGAAAGGGUCAUGAAGGUCAUCAAACACAAACGUUUCGUCAAGCACCAAACAUAGAAGUAUGAGAAGACAAUCAAAAUCAGGAUCCCUUCCCCUGCAAACAAACACAUUAACAGGAGCAUCACCAUUCUGGAUGUUCAAGCUAUGUGUCUUUAUAUAGGCCUCACAACAUGUGGAGGAUUUGACAAAGAGUUUAUAUACUCUUUUUUGUGGAAAUUUCGCAGGCACUAUCUGAGAUGAUGACUGUGAAUGCCUGAUUUUAAGUUGCUUUGGAACGUUUUCAAGUGCUUCCUCAACUCUCAUACACUGCCCAAGAUUCAGAUAUGUUGCCAUUGUCUAGCUUAUAAGUGAAGGGGGAGUUUUAUCAUGCAUUGUUAGGUUACAGGCAGCGAGUAUCAGAGCAGAUUACUCAAAUUGGUCGAUCAAGGCAAGUUUAUUGGGGGCAGGUGUUGCUGUAGGAGCGAAGGAGGGAGUCUCAACUCAGAGAGAGGCCCUUAGACAAAAACAUAUGUGGCUUAAAUUGGAGAAUGAUUUAUGAGCUAUGGUUCGCUGGAUUAUGGCUUUGAUGCUAUAUAAAUUGUAAGUAUAGACACCAAUAAAAUACUUGAUAUCCAUUGAAUCCAAUAAGUCAUUUGUUGAUCCUCACAAGUACAUUAACCUUAAGGAUCAACACAUUUAGAAGGAUCAACACAUUUAGAAUUUACAUUAUACUAGUGCUCAUUUUGAUGUGGUUGUGACUUGUGAUGAUGUCCUUAUAUGGGCCACUUCUUUCAACUUGAUUCUCUGGUUUUUGGGUU